CACAGCGGGGGCGGGGCGCUGACCAGUGGACGAUGUUUCCCCUCUCGGGUUUAGUUUGAAGCCGUUAGGGGUAAAUUUCCUCUCGCUCGGUGGUGGCAGUUUAUAGAAAACAGCCUUCAACGUGUCUCUACCGACUGCCGUCGCCAUGUCUAACAACAAUGCCAACAACAACUUAAUUAUCGCCCAGAGAGCCGUGAAGCAGCUCCGGUUCGAGGCCAGUAUCCGGAGGAUCAAGGUGUCCCAGGCUGCCGCAGAUCUGAAAAACUUCUGUAUGCAAAACGCCUCCAAGGAUCCUCUCCUGAUGGGCGUCCCCUCCAGUGAUAAUCCCUUCAGACCCCCCAAGUCCUGCUCCCUGUUCUGAGCGCAAGGAGACGCGGAGGAUUUCUGGAUCUGUUCUUUGAAGGCUUUCUUCACUUCUAGUUGUUGCCGCUGUAGAUCUCUUGGGAUGAUGCAGCUCCUCUUGGGAUGAUGCACACAGGGGUCGGGGGUUAUGGGAUUUGGGAGAGGGGAGGAGGGAUUAUGGGGGGCAAUUAUUCCACUUGUUUGCCAAACUAAUGGUAUCAUAACUCCAAUCUGUUACAUAAAAGCAGGUCUAAACUCUACAUGUUUUAAAAAAAAAAAAAAAAAAAAAAGAGUUGUUCCUCACACUAACUUGACUAAUGAUUAAGCCGUUCUGGGUUUACCUAGUACUUAACAUGUACACUCUCCAUUUACUGACUGAACAGUGUCUCUUUCCAGUCAGUGAAAUUCAGCCCAUGUUUAACGGCCAGUGCAAGUGUAACUUCCUCUUGUAUUCUGCGUAACACGUGGAAGUACAAUCAAUCAUUAAUUUAAAGCAGGUGCUGCUCAGCAAUAGGAACAUGUUGUUAUCCACGCUAAGUGUGUCAUUAUAAAGCACACACAUUACCGUAACACUACAGACACAGGACUAAUUCCAUAUGUGGCCAAAAGAAACUGCUCAUGCAUUUGUGAUUAUGUAAAAGGUGUUUCUAAUAAUCUGAUUUACAACACACUUAACCUCUCCCUUUAGGGCAUGUGAUUGUUCAUUAACAUUUUGUCCCGCUGUUUUCUGUAUGUAUUUAAGAGCCUAUUAGAGUUGCUUUUACUUCCCCGUAUCUGUACCUGUUUUUAAUUUAAAAACCCAUUAUGGCCUUACACUAUUUGGAUAGUGGCAGAAAUUGAAUGUACAUCACAUUAGAAACAAGUGUUCAUAUUUCUGAUAAUGUUUGUAUUUAAUGAAUCCACCUCAAUGACUUGUUGCAUUAGUUGUUUUCCACACUGGAAUCAUUUUACUAUCAACCAAAACCUUCACUGCUGUUAGUCUGUAUCUUUAUAAACGUUGCUUUUGUGAGAAGCCUUUAAAAAAUAAAUUAAAUCACUUUUUUUUUUUUUUUGAACACUGAUGAAAAUCUGUAUGCUAUUUUUUUUAAGGAAAUGUUCAUCCUUUGCACAGAUGGCAUAAGAAAAUGAUUAUUAUGACGCCUCACUUUUUUGUUUGACUUAUGUUACGACUCGCACAUUAGUAGGUCAGAAGGUUCAGUCUCAGGUGUUUUAUAGUCAAAGUGAAAAGACUGAAGGAUAUGCAAACAUCAACAUUUUCCAGAUCAUAUAUUGUGUAAAGUGCAUCUGAUGAACAGAGAACUGCAUCAAGUGUGAUGCUCAAAAGUUUGAUGUCAUUUUGAAACGUGGUUUCACGUUUUUAAUCUGAUAUUAUAGCCAUCUGAACAGCUGAAUAUGAAAUCAAUCAUUUAUAAUCUUUAAAUGAAUAUUUAGAUAGGCAUGCACUGACCCAGUUCCAGUGACCAUCUCUCUUGUAUUCAAGUGGCAUGUUUCUAAGUGAACCCAAACUUUUGUGCACUUGUAAGCGUCUGCCCACAUGUCAUAAAUCUCCAGGAUCUCACCAGCAUCAAUAUGUCACCUCUAAAUCAAGACAAAUAUACUGAUAACAGCAGUGUCUGCAUUAAAAAAAACAAUAAAAUAAAUGUUGAUAAUA